CCAAAAAAAAAAGAAAAAGAAAAGAGAGGAGAAGGCGAGAGGGAGGAAGGUGUCUUAAAGGACUCGUGGAGGCUCUACUCAAGCGAUGCGUGGAACCAAGGUGAACAAAUGGCGACAAGAUCUUCUCUCUUCUUCUUCUUCUUCUUCUCCUGACGAAAACCAUCACAAUCGCGUUCGUAAACCCUAAUUUUCACUGGCUCUCACCUCUCUCCAAUCUGUGUAACAUCCCCAGGAGGAAUCUUCUCCCAUAGAGAUGGCGGAGACGUCGAUGAAGGUGAUGUACAUAGUGGUGCUGGACGACGCAGCUACGGCGGCGGAAUCUGACGGGAACGAGACGGAAUCGUUUCGGUAUACGCGUCCCGUUCUUCAGAGUACCCUUCAGCUUAUGGGAUGCAAAGCGCGUCACGCCUUCAAGAUCAGCCGAAGGGUUUUUGAGUUAAUAAGAGGUGAGGGAUCAUGUGCCUCCUUACCAUUGAAUGGGAAGGAACCCGACAUUGAGAAGGACAAUGGUGCAUCUGAGUGUGCUGGUCUUGUAAAAGUUGACAAGGUUAACCCCUUGCCUUCUGAUGGCGAUGAUAAGAUGAAAAGUAAACCGUUUGAGCUGUAUAAAAGACGCAAAACUGUUACUGUUUCGCGAGAGAUUUUCCUAGAUGUUGUUUGUGAUGCUUUGGCUGAAUAUAAGUACGUGGGUCACGACCAGAGGGCAGACUUGAUUCUGGCAUGCAGAAUCCGAGAAAGGAAAGAAUCAGUAACUGUACUGCUAUGUGGCACUAGUGGCUGCGGCAAAUCUACGCUUUCUUCUUUGCUGGGUGGCAGAUUGGGAAUUACAACAGUUGUAUCAACGGACUCUAUCCGGCACAUGAUGAGGAGUUUCGUCGAUGAGAAGGAGAAUCCUUUGCUGUGGGCAUCAACGUACCAUGCUGGAGAGUACCUUGACCCGGUGGCGGUUGCCGAGGCUAAAGCCAAAAGGAGAGCAAAAAAAUUGGCUGGGGUUGCGAGAUCAGUCCCGAAAGGCGAACAAACAAACGACUCCCGAGGUGUUAAACCUAUUUCUCAACAGAUUGGUGAUGCUGGAUCGAAAUCAACCGCCAUGGAAUUGUUAAGCCCUAAGCAAAUGGCUAUAGAAGGAUUCAAGGCACAAAGUGAGAUGGUGAUCGACAGUCUCGACCGACUAAUUACAACAUGGGAAAAGAGGAAAGAGUCUGUAAUUGUUGAAGGAGUCCACCUGAGCCUUAACUUUGUGAUGGGUCUGAUGAAAAAGCACCCUUCAAUCACACCUUUCAUGAUAUACAUCACCAACGAGGAGAAGCACUUGGAAAGAUUUGCAGUAAGGGCAAAGUACAUGACUCUGGACCCGGCGAAGAACAAAUACGUAAAAUAUAUACGUAACAUCAGAACAAUACAGGACUAUCUGUGCAAGAGAGCUGACAAGCAUCUGGUUCCGAAGAUAAAUAACACCAACGUCGAUAAGAGCGUGGCCGCAAUCCAUGCGACGGUGUUCAGUUGCCUCCGAAGGCGCGAAGCAGGAGAGCAGCUCUAUGAUCCGACCACAAACACUGUGGCUGUCAUUGACGAGGAGUACAGGAACCAGUGUGCAGCCAAUUCACUGAGUUCCAAGGGAAUGUUUCAGCUGAUCCAAAGAAAAGGUUCGUCUAGGCAUUUAAUGGCGCUUCUGAACACCGAUGGGACUGUAGCAAAAACAUGGCCCGUCGGUUCAAUCGAUGAGAAUGGGAAACCCAUCUUCGGUAACGAGAUGGGGAACGGAAUGUAUCAUCCGAUUUCCGAGGCUAUACAGAUUGGUAAAGCGGAACCCGUAAAUCUUCAGUUUGGUCUCUUUGGUAUCAGCGCGUGGCCUAAUGACGGGGCUACGAGCCAUGCGGGGAGUAUAGAUGAGUCGAAAGCUGACAUGACCGAAACUGGCAGCCGAUACUACUCUUCUUGCUGCAGUUCACCCCGAAUGUCAGAUGGACCUGCUAAAGAGCCUAAGGAAGAACAGUCUGUUCAUGGGAGCGAUGAAGAAGUCGAUGAUCCUCCCGAGCAAGAUACCGACGAAGAUUUCAGUGACGACGAUCACAAAGUCCAUGAGGAGGUGGGAUCGGUGGACGAGGAAUCAACAAAAUCAGACGAAGAGUACGAUGACCUGGCGAUGCAAGACAAGGGUUACUGGACAGAAAACGAGGAAGAGUCGAGAGACACGAUCACGAUGGUGUCGGAGAAUCGCGAGGGGACAAAGCCGGGAAAGAACGAGAGGUACGAUCAGAACCUGGACCUGUUUCUACGGACGAUGAACGAACAAUUGCCAGAGAAUCUACAGUCGUGCGGUUCCCUAUUCACGGGAGAGUACGGAAACAGAGUGUCGGGGAAAGAGAGAAUGAGGAAACGGUCACUGAGUAUACCGGCGCUCGGAAAACAGAGAGUCGGUGCCCCUUGACAAAGUGUGUUGCCUUGGGUCACAAGUUACUUGGCAUAUUGCCCUAGUGUUGUUUCUUUUUUCUUUUGUUUUGUUUUGUUUGCCUUCUCUCCAUCUUCGUCGUUAUUGUCGUUUUUUUUUUUGGUUUUGUUUUUUUAAUGCUUCAACUUGUUAAACUAACAGCUGUCGUGUACAGUUUGACCUUGCGAAGAAAUGUGAGAGGUGGGUUUUCUUUUUC